UAGCUGGAGCGUCGGCGAAUUAAAUCUUGGGUGAAACUGAGAAGGUUUACCCCAGUUGUGGAAAAAAUAUUCCCUGAUUUUCCAAGCUCUUGCUACCUUCUGAAACAUCUGAUCACAUUGUAAAUAACUACCAUCAUAGAGUAAGGCCGGAAAGAAAGGGUAGUUUGGUCUUUGUCAUCUGUAAUAUAGUAGAAUAUAAAGAUCGCCUGUUCUACUCUUAUGACACUUUUCUUUCGAGAUUUCAUUUUUUCGGAUUAAGUCAUUUUGUUUUCUUAUUGCAAAAUGAACUUCAGAGGAAAUCACCACCACCAACAUCAUCAUAGAAAGAAGGUUCCUUAUGGAAUUCGUUUUUUACAGUGGCUCGGCAAAGACAAGAACAGAUUAUAUCGAGGACAUACUCUUCUAUUGACUUUCUUGGCCUAUACUUCAUACCAUCUGUCCAGGAAACCCAUCAGUAUUGUAAAGGGUUCUUUAAGUGGCAAUUGUACAACAACAGAAAUUAAACCAGGCAGUAGUCUAUCACUUAUCUACUCAAAAAGUCACAGCAUUCAUAAUAUGUCUACAUUGACAACAUCAUGUCCCUCAUGGGCACCAUUUGAUUCAUCAGAUAGCAAGGAGCUUCUAGGAGCUUUAGAUCUUGGUUUCCUGUUUUCCUAUGCAAUAGGAAUGUUUGUUAGUGGAUAUCUAGCAGAACACAUGGACCUCAGGAUAUUUUUAUCUGGUGGGAUGAUCAUUAGUGGUCUAUUUACUAUCAUGUUUGGAAUGGGUUAUUUUUGGAAUGUUCAUAAUUUGACAUUCUUCAUUGUAAUGCAGAUUUUUGCAGGAUUUUUUCAGUCAUCAGGCUGGCCUAGUGUUGUAGAAUGUGUUGGAAAUUGGUUUGGAAAAGGAAGGCGAGGUCUUAUUAUGGGAAUAUGGAACUCUCACACUUCAGUAGGUAACAUUGCAGGCUCAGCCAUUGCAGGAAUUUGGGCUGCACAUCAUUGGGGCUACUCGUUUGUYGUUCCUGGAUUAAUCAUCAUUGGAAUGGGAAUCAUUGUAUUUUUAUUUCUUGUUGUUGAUCCUGCUCACAUUGGAUGUUCCCCACCUAAUCAUCACAUGGAGGAAAAUAAGAUUGUAGCAUAUAUAAAUGGAAAUGCUGGAACUGCGAACACAGAGGAAGAAAGUUUGUUGUCAAAUUGUCCAGAAGGCACUUAUGCAGAUUCUGCUUCAAACAGCUACUCAACUCCAGGAAUGAAAAAAGGUGAACAUGGUGCUGAUUCUGAAGCAAUUAACUUUUGGAAAGCUCUUUUGAUUCCUGGAGUUGUGGAGUAUUCUCUUUGUCUGUUUUUUGCCAAGUUGGUCAGCUACACAUUUCUGUUUUGGCUGCCAUUUUAUCUAGAACAUACAAAAAUUGGAGGUAUUCGAUAUGGACCUGAAUCUUCUGCAGAUUUAUCAAUCUUUUUUGAUGUUGGAGGGAUACUGGGUGGGAUAAUAGCUGGAGUCAUAUCAGACAAAACAAAUUGUAGUGGUAUUACAUGCGUGUUUAUGCUGCUCUUAGGAGGRCCAAUGCUUUUUAUCUAUAGAUUUUUUGCUAAUUCAAGUAUAGGUGUGAAUAUUGCUCUAAUGACAUUAUCGGGAGUUCUAGUGAAUGGACCAUAUGCACUUAUAACAACAGCAGUGUCUGCUAAUUUGGGUACCCAUGAAUGUUUACGGGGGGAUACUAAAGCAAUGGCUACAGUUACAGCGAUCAUAGAUGGGACUGGUUCCUUUGGUGCAGCUUUAGGCCCAUUACUAACAGGAAUCAUAUCACCCACUGGUUGGAACAAUGUCUACUACAUGUUGAUAGCUGCUGACCUUGGUGCUGGUAUUUUCCUUACACGACAAGUUUGGUUUGAACUCAAGACUAUUUUACCCUGUAUUCACGGCAGAAGGCCACGUCCUUCUCGCGUUUCUGUUGCCGAGUCUGUAUAUCAUUCAGGCUUAGUGGAGUAGAUAGCGCUCGACAGCUUCAAGAUAAUGGAAUUAAAGAUAAAAUGAAAUGGACCUACCAAUCACAUAAGGCCCAGUCAGYUCAUAGGAACAUAUAAGAAAUUUUAUAAAUUUGCAUCAAAUAUAUUUUAUUAUUUUUAAAUCACAAGGUAUUUUCCAGGGGUGCAAUAUAAGGGUAUUCAUCGGAAAUUAUGCAAUGUUUUUAAUAUUAGAGUGUAUUUUUUAAUAUAUACCUUAGUAUAGUCUCUCAGGCUUUUUCAUUUCUUGCCCUUCAUUACUUUUCUUUUCUCUUCUCGUUUCCCCUUUGUUUUCAUAUACUAUCGCUUCUAACUAAACGCUUACGCUUUUAUAAAAAUGUAAUUAAAAUUUUAGGGAAUUCGAUGAGCAAAUCUGUGAAACAGAUAAAAGGAAAAUAAAUUUUUGAUUUAACAAGUA